AUGCACGAGUAUGUAAAAAUUAAUAAUAUAAAACUGGAACAAGAUUUAGAAGUAGAAGAAUAUUAUUCUUUAGAUUCAGGAUUAAGAAUAAUAUUAAAUAAAACAAAGAGUCCUAAGAUAUAUGGAUUUUUUACUUUAUUAACAGAAGCAGAGAAUGAUGAAGGUUUACCACAUACAUUAGAACAUUUAAUAUUUUUAGGUAGUCAUAAAUAUCCAUAUAAAGGUUUAUUAGAUUUUUUAGCUUAUAAAUGUUUAUCAGAAGGAACUAAUGCAUGGACAUCUAUUGAUCAUACUUGUUAUACUAUUGAGACAUUUGGUAUGGAAGGAUUUUGUAAUAUAUUACCAAUUUAUUUAGAUUUUAUUUUGAAUCCUACAUUAGAAAAUGAUAUGUUUCUAUCAGAAGUACAUCAUAUAUUUGAGAAUGGAACACAUAAUGGAGUUGUUUACUCUGAAAUGAAAUCAAUUGAAAAUAAUUGUGAAAAUAUUGUUGAAAGAGCUGUUAUAACAAAUCUAUAUCCAAAUGAAAAAAGUGGUUAUAGAUUUGAAACAGGGGGAACAUUAGAAGGAUUAAGAGAAACUAAUAAUAAUCGAGUAAAAGAAUAUUUUAAAAAAUUUUAUAAAUUAAAUAAUUUUGCUAUAAUUAUAUUUGGUAAUUUCAAAAAUGAUAUUAUAUUAAAUAUAAUCCAUAAAUUUGAACAAUAUCAUUUACAAUUAAAUCCGUCACAAAGAAAAGAAAAAAUAAAAAUAAACAACGCAAAUGCGAAUGUAAAGGCAAAUGCAAAUACAAAUAUAGAUGCAAAUGCAAAUACAAAUACAAAUAUAGAUGCAAAUGCAAAUACAAAUGCAAAUACAAAUAUAUAUACCAAUACGUGUGAUAAUAAUCAAAACCUAAAUGAUCUCAUCAAUACAACAAAUCAUAUUAAUUACCCAAAUAAUCAAACAAACAAAACUUAUGAUAUCAAUAAAUGUAAAGAAUUAUUUUUAAAAGAUAUUCAAAGUAAUGAUAGACCAUGGAGAAGACCAGAAAAUAUUGAAAAAAGAAAAGGAUCAUUAAUCAUUAAAAAAUAUUAUCCAUGUAAUAAUUUAAAUAAUGGACAAGUUACAAUAGCAUGGAGAGGAUGUCCAUGGGAUGAUGUAAAAACUAAAUUAGCCAUUUCAUUAUUAGGAAAUUAUCUUACAGAUUUAACAACAUCUCCUGUAAGCAAACGAUUAUUAGAAGAUAAAGAAACAUAUUGUAGUAGUCUAGAUUUUUCACUUGAAGAUUUAAAAGAAAAUUAUUUCUCUAUUGAUAUAUAUGAUGUAUCAUAUAAAUAUAAAUGUCGAAAGAUGUAUAAUGAUAUCACAAAUAAUAAUAAUAAUAAUAAUGUCCAAGAUAAUACUAAUAUGCAACAAGCAAAUAACAACACCAAUGGAAAUAUAAAUGAUAAUAAAAAUAAUGAUGAUGAUAAAUCGAAGAGUAGCAUACAUAAUACAACAUGUGACCAUAACGAAGAUAAUAAAAAUGCUGCAAAUAAUUUAAACACUACAAAUACUAUAAACACUUCAAAUAAUUUAAACACUUUAAAUAAUUCAAAUAAUUCAAACAAUGCACCCCCCUAUAAUGAUAACAUAAAAAUGAAUGUUGUUGCUAAUAUCACGCGAAAUUGUUUAAAUGAAGUAUAUGAGAAACCAUUAAAUAUGGAUAGAUUAAAAAAUAUAAUAAUACGAUCCUAUUUACAACAUUUAAGAGACUUAGAAACAUCACCACAAUAUUUAUUGAACGAAAUAUUAAUCAAAUAUUUUAUUUACGCAUCUAAUCUUAGUGAUUUAGAAAAAUGUUUAAAUCUAAAAAAAAUAUAUAUUCAACUUCUUAAUGAAGAUGAAAAAUAUUGGAAAGAUAUUUUAAAAACUUUUUUCUUACAAAAUGAUUAUAUAGAAGUACGUUGUUAUCCUAGUUUUAAAAAAGCAAAAAAAAUUGAACGCUUUGAAAAAAAAUUAAUUGAAAUGGAACAGGAAAAAUAUGGUAUGGAGAAACUAAAUAAAAUGGUUGAAAAUAUUAAAAAAAUUAAAGAAGGAAUAGAAAAAAAACCACCUGAAGGUUCAAUAGAUAUAGUUCAAUCUGCUAAACCUAAAAAUGUAUAUAUUGAAGGUAUAACGGUAUUUAGAAAUUUCAAAUCAUUGAUAAAUGAGUCCAAUAAAACGGAUGAGCAAAUUUUUGCUCAUUACAAGAGGGGAAUAAGAAAUAAUGAAAAAAAUAAAAAUGAUAAUAUUAAUAGUGAUGAUCAUCAUAAUAAUAAAAAUAAUAAUAUUAAUAGUGAUGAUCAUCAUAAUAAUAAAAAUGAUAAUAUUAAUAGUGAUGAUCAUAAUAAUAAUCAUCAUAAUAAUGAUGAUGGUUUUAAUGGUGAUACCCCAAAUUAUAAAUUACUUAAAAAACUUACAAACGAUUUAAAACGAAUCAUCUUUCCAAUUCAAUUAAGCAAUAUACAUUCCAACUUUGUUUGUAUCCACGUUUUAAUAAAUUCAAAAAAUAUUAAUGAGUCUUUAAAACCAUAUUUGCCUUUAUUAAGCUAUCUUAUGUUCGAAACAGAUAUUCUUGUAAAUAAUAAAAAUAUAAAAUGUGAAAGUUUUAUGGAAGAGAUGAUUAGAAAUACAAUUAAUUAUGAUUGUAAUUUUGGAUUGGGUGAGAACGCAAAAAAUUUUAAAGCAGGUAGCCUAGGAAAUAUUAUAUGUAUUCAAAUAGUUGGAUUAUUAGAAAAUUAUGAGAAAUUAUUUGAUUUAUUAUUUUUAUCUAUAUUUAAAAUGAAUUUAACAUUAGAAAGAUUAGAAAUUAUAUUAAAAUCAGCAUAUCAGAAUUUAUUACAAAAAAAAAAUAAACCCAAAACAUUAGUAGUAAAUUUAGAAUAUGCCUUACGAUAUAUGAAAAAUAGUAAUUCUGGAUUAGUGUCCAUAGGACAACAAGAAUUAAUUUUAAAACUUAUUGAAAAUAAAAAUAAUUUAUUAAAUGUAUAUAAUAAAUUAAAUCUAUUAAAAGAUGAAUUAUUUAAUUUAAAAAAUAUUGCUCUAGUAAUUGAUGGAGAUUUUUCGAAGGUCCAAAAUAUUUUUUCAUGGUAUGAUAAAUGGUUUACAAUUAAAAAUGAAGAAACACACGAAUAUAUAAUAAAUAAUCCUAUUAUUAAUUUUUCUUUUAAUUCUGAUAUGACUAAUACAUGUCAAUCAUUUAAAUAUCUUGAUCAAAAUACAAAAUCACAACAACCAUUAAACAAUAAACAUGAUAUUAUGAAUAGUGAAGAAGAUACAAAUGGUAUGUAUAUUUCUUUAGGACCUAAUCAACAUAAAAGCUUAAAAGAAUAUCUAGAUACACAAUUUGAAGCAGAUGAUAAACAUUUUGAAAUGAAUUAUAUUAAAGAUAAAGCAUAUAAUGGUGUUGUAUGUGGUAUCAAAAGUACUGAUGUUUCUUAUUUAAAAUUAACUAUAAAAGCACCAGCAGGUUAUGAUAAUAAAUAUUAUUGUUGCUUAUUAGUUUUAAGAGAAUUCUUCUCAAUGACAGAAGGACCAUUAUAUAGUAGUAUUAGAGGAGGUGGAUUUGCAUAUGAAUGUGCAUUAGAAUAUAAUUGUAUUUUAGGUGAAGUUAGUUUACGAAUAUAUAGAUCAAGUGAUAUAAUAAGUGCUUUAAAAGAAGCUAUAAAAAUAUUGAAAUAUUAUUGUAAUAAUGAAAUGAAAGAAAAUGAAUUAUCUAUUGCUAAAAGUAGUGCUUAUUAUAGUAUAUUUAAUAAUCAAGAAACUGUUAGUGAUCGUGCUAGCCAAACUAUCUUCUUAAGCUUAAAAAAUUUAAAUUUAAAUUUUUAUCAAGAAUUAUUAUCUAAUGUUGAAAAAAUUACAACAAAGGAUAUGUUAUAUGUAUGUCAAAAAUAUUUAUCGAAAAUUGUAGACUUCAAAAUAGAUAAAAAAAAUGCACUCAUGGGUUCAACCUUAUCUAUAAUAUGUUGUUCAGAAAAAACUGAAGAAAUUGUUAAUGCUUUAAAACAAAAAAAUGAUAUAAUAAAUUUUGGUGAUAUAUGUAAUGUGGAAGUAACACAAUUAUAUCAAUUUUUUAAAACGUAUGAUAUAAUGGUAGCAUUGAAAUUGUCAUCUCAUAAAGAUAAUCUAUAUGGAAAUGAAACAAAUGGAGAGAAUCAGCAUAAUAUGUUAGAUGGUAACAACAUAUUGGAUGGUGACAACAUAUCAGAUGAUGAUAAUAUGUCAGAUGAUGAUAAUAUGUCAGAUGAUGACAACAUAUCAGAUGAUGAUAGUAUGUCAGAUGAUGAUAAUAUGUCAGAUGAUGAUAAUAUGUCAGAUGAUGAUAGCAUGUCAGAUGAUGAUAGCAUGUCAGAUGCAUGUUUUGAUAUUUCAUGUUGUUCAGUUCAUUCAGAGGACGACAGUUAUCCAGGUUCAUCAGAUCAUGAGAAAUUAUAA